AUGGCCAGUGACUUGGAAUCCGCCCGUGAGAAACAGGCUCUAUCAGAAGACAGCCACCAUGGCCAAUCCAGCGACCCUGAACAAACAACAACUGAACAGGAGACGAAGGACAAUGUGGUCGACUGGGACGGACCAGACGAUCCCCAAAAUCCGAUGAACUGGCCAAAAUGGAAACGUCUGAUCCAAGUCGCCUUCGGCAGCCUUUUCUUGCUCACUGCCAAUCUCGCCGCGACAAUGUUUGCUCCUGGAGCUGCCACGCUUGCGAACGAUUUCCAUAUCACGAGUUCCACGAUUACAAGCCUCACCGUGUCCAUCUACCUUUGCGGCUUCGCCAUUGGGCCCAUGGUCAUUGCACCACUCUCUGAGCUGUACGGAAGGCUUAUCAUCUACCAUGUCUGCAACGUCAUGUAUGUUGGUUUUACCAUCGGCUGUGCUCUAGGCAAAAACACCGGCAUGUUUCUCGCCUUUCGAUUCCUUGCUGGAUGCGCUUCCUCAGGCCCUUUGACAGUCGGCGGAGGAACAGUCGCCGAUGUCGUCCCGCCAGCUCAGCGUGGGAGUGCAAUGUCUCUGUUCUAUGUGGGACCGCUUCUCGGACCGGUGUUGGGCCCAAUAGCUGGUGGCUUUGUGUCCGAAUCAAUUGGCUGGCGAUGGACCUUUUGGAUCAUCACAAUCUUGGCUGCUGUAUCAUUUGUCGCAUCCGUAUUCUUCCUCCGUGAGACCAAUGCCGCCGUACUUCUAUCACGGAAAGCUGCUCGUCUCAGAAAAGAAACCGGCAAUCCGGCUUUGGUUUCGAAGAUGGAACGAAACCUGACUCCCCGGCAGCUAUUCAUCCUUGCUAUUUCUCGACCAACAAAGCUUCUAUUCUUGUCGCCAAUCGUUCUCCUACUUUCUCUCUUAUGUGCCUUCUUUUUCGGCCUCAUGUUUCUUCUGUUCACCUCCUUUCCUACCGUCUUUGAGGAACAAUACCACUUCUCUGCCGGGGUGUCUGGUCUAUCAUAUCUCGGUCUCGGAAUUGGAACGGCCGCCUCUCUCGUAGCCUUUGCCCUCCUCAGCGACAGGAUGCACAAGGCACUAGGAGAUUCACCCAAACCCGAAGGACGUCUGAAGCCAAUCAUGUGGGCCUUGCCCACCGUGCCCAUCGGCAUGUUCUGGUAUGGCUGGGCGGCAGAGAAGCAGGCUCACUGGAUCGUGCCCAUCAUCGCCACCACUGUCUUUGGCUUCGGCUAUCUCUUGGUCCUCAUGCCAACUCAACUCUACUUGGUGGAUGCUUUUGGCGCCGAGGCUGCCGCCUCUGCGUUGGCUGCCAACACGAUCCUCCGAUGUCUCUUCGCAGCUUUCCUUCCACUGGCGGGGCCGUCUUUGUAUGCCCGCCUUGGACUUGGGUGGGGGAAUAGUGUGCUGGGUUUCAUCAGCUUGGUGUUUCUUCCGGUGCCGUUUCUGUUUUAUCGUUACGGAGGGUGGCUGAGGGAGCGCUUUGUUGUGAAGCUAUAA